AUGUUCAUCGAGUCCUCCUGGGAACAGUACCUGCAGCCACUCAAGGACCUCGUCCAGAAGGAACUUGAACUCGAAAGAGCCGGGUUCGAAGCCGUCAAAAACCAACUUCAAUCGGAAAACGCACAGUUGCAACAGCGCCUCGUUGCUGCUCUGGGCGAGUUGGACGACCUCAAACGACAGCUAGAAGCACAGAAGAAGUUGACAGCUGCCAACAAGCCCACUGGCUGGGGAGCUGCUCUCACUAAUACCAGUCCCAACGAACUCGCCAAGGACAUCACUCGAAUGUCAACGUUGCGUGCCGGUGCAACCUCCCUCCAGAAACUGAAGACCAUUGUGGGUAGACAGGUGCCUCUUGGACCCGAAGACUGUCCCGACCACAAGAAGAACAUACCCGACGAGCAAAAGGCGUGGAAUCGGCUGGGAAUGAAAGUUCUCGACGACUUUACCUACUUUGGCAUGCGCAACAUCAUUUUUUGGAUCAUCAUUGUCUCUGGACAGCCUAUUGACAAGGUUGCGGUUGAGUUCAGACGUCUUCGCACUUUGGAGAGAGAUCUGGUCAAGGGGUGA